AUGAUGAUGCUAUCAAAAUUCGCCUUCUUUACAUUCAUCGCUUGCUCUAUGGCUGUACAUUUUAAUAUUCCUUCUGCGUUUGAAGAAUGGGAAAUUGGUGAGGACCAUACGAUCAUCUGGGAUUCCGUCGAUACAGAUCCCCAAAUCGCUCAACUCUAUCUGAGUAAUUACUACAGAUACCCUCCCAUUAACAAGUACCUCACGACGCUUUCUGUUUCUGAUGGAAGAUACACUGCUGACACUAGGGAUUGGCCUAUUGAUGGAGGAUACCGCAUCAACAUGAGGAAUCCCGGGAAUUUCGACGAAAUUUAUGCUCAGUCAGAGGAAUUCAUUCUUAAUCCAGCAAGAGACUAA